CUAAAAUUCUUCAGUUUCCUUUCGACCGCUGACCUGUAAGCACGUGUUGAACGAUGCUCCGAUAAACAACUCGAUUAAAUAAGUUUCGAUUAAGUGUCGGUGUUGUUUUGUUAAUUUUUCUCUUCAAGAUGCUGCUCCUUUUACUCCUUGCAGCCACGGCCACAGCUGAGCUUCCCCCGUCAUGCAUCAAACCAGUCUACUGCAACAGCAAGCUGCUUCAUCAUGCACAAAUGCAACGAAUCUUCCCAGACUCCAAGACAUUCGUGGAUCUCCGACUUAUUAACGAUGAAAACAGCACACUAACUGCUUUCCAAAACCUUCUUGAUGAAACCAACAACAACCCAAACAAAAAACAAGUACAGGAAUUCGUUGACAAGUACUUCGAUAAGACGAGCGAACUAGAAUCGUGGACCCCACCAGACUUCAAAGAAAACCCCCCAAUACUACCGUCCAUCCGCGAUGAAGACUUGCGGCAAUAUGCAAAAGAUAUCAAUAACAUCUGGCCAGUGCUGGGAAGAAAAGUUAAGCAAGCAGUGUUCGAAAAUCCGGAUCAGUACAGUUUAAUACCUGUGACACACGGUUUCAUUAUUCCUGGUGGUCGAUUCACUGAGCUGUAUUAUUGGGAUACUUACUGGAUCAUUGAAGGUCUCCUUGUUAGUGGAAUGGAGCAGACAGUAAAAGGAAUUAUUGGAAAUUUAAUUGAACUGUUGAACAAACUUGGUCACGUCCCUAACGGUAGCCGAUGGUAUUACCAGGAGAGAAGUCAACCUCCUCUAUUAACAGCUAUGAUGUCACUUUACAUUCGAACAACGAACGAUAUUGAUUUUUUGGAAGAAAACAUCGACGCACUAGAAGCCGAAUUAGAAUAUUGGCUAGAUACUCAGAUUUAUACCUUCGAUAUAGGAGACAGAGCAUAUACUCUGUUGAGAUAUUAUGCGCCUAGUGAAGGACCGCGACCGGAGUCAUAUUAUGAAGACUUUACAAGUGCUCAAAUUUUCGACACGAAAGAACGACAGACGCAAUACUUCAUUGACCUGAAAAGUGCCGCUGAAAGUGGUUGGGACUUUUCAACACGAUGGUUCAUCAAUGACGAUGGAACCAAUAAAGGCAAUCUAACUAUGUUACACGCGAUAGAUAUUAUUCCAGUUGAUUUGAAUUCCAUAUUUGCCAACGCCUUGCAAAACAUGGCAUACUUCCAAGGUUUAUUGAAAAAUGGCCGUAAAGGAGCGCAUUGGGCCUACCUUGCGAAACAGUGGAAAAAUAAUAUUAAAGAAGUGCUGUGGGACGAUAAAGACGGUGUUUGGUAUGAUUGGGAUUUGUCUAACAAGCAAUUCAGAAAAUACUUCUAUCCCAGCAACGUCGCUCCUCUCUGGAUGGGCGCUGUAGAGAAGAGCUUCGUGAAAAUGAAUGCACCUCGAAUUUUCAACUACUUGCAACAGUCACAUGGCCUUGAUUAUCCAGGAGGUGUUCCGACUUCACUAAUACGCAGCGGAGAGCAAUGGGACUUCCCCAACGCGUGGCCACCUCUAGUCAGCUUGAUGGUUAACGCGCUUGAAGCGCUAGAAAUACCACCAGCGAAAGAAAUGGCGUUCGAUGUCGCACAGUCUUGGGUACGUGCGUGCCACAAAGGUUUUUCAAACACCAAACAAAUGUUUGAGAAGUACGACGUAGAGGUUCCCGGCAGGAUCGGUGGAGGAGGUGAAUAUACAGUUCAGACAGGGUUCGGCUGGUCGAAUGGUGUGGUCAUGGAGUUCCUUGCUAAAUAUGGACGAAGGCUUUCUUUGCAUGAUGCUGAGGUCAGUGAGCAAAACGAAGCGGUGGUUUCCGUUCCAGAGGCAGAUGGUGAGAAUUCCUUGUCGGUGGUCGCAGCUGGUCCUGACCCACCAGCAAGAUCAUCUUCUUCAUCAUCAUCAUCUUCGUCAUCUGUAAGCAAAGAAAGUGAUGAAAAGAAACAACGUCACUACACGAUGUUGAUACAAAAUCUCCGGCGCUAUGCGCCCCUGUAUCCCGUUUUGGGAAUUCUCGGCGCGUGCGCUCAAGCCUUCACCGUUGUUCCCGUUUGUAAUUCUUCGAUUUAUUGCUCCGGUGAACUACUGCAUAGAGUGCAAUUAGCGAGAAUAUUUGAAGACUCCAAAACGUUCGUCGAUCUCAAACUUGUGCAUUCUGAAAACGAAACGCUCGCUGAUUUUUCGAAAUUAAUGCAAAAAACGCAACAGAAUCCGUCCCGGGAUCAGAUAGCCGGUUUCCUCGAUCAACAUUUCACGGAAGGUAAUGAACUUGAAGAUUGGCAGCCGCCUGAUUUCGAUCCGGAUCCGCCCAUUUUGCGAGAAAUCUCUGACCCUAAACUACGUGAAUUCGCAAAAAAUAUUAUUGGAAUAUGGGAUAAGUUAGGUAGGAAAGUGAACCCUGAUGUUGAUAAGAAUUCAAAUCAAUAUAGUUUCCUGUACGUGCCCAAUGGAUUUAUCGUUCCCGGUGGUCGUUUUAAAGAGCUCUACUAUUGGGAUUCCUUCUGGAUCGUACGUGGACUUCUCAUAUGCAAUAUGACACAAACUGCUAGGGGAAUGAUAGAAAACCUUUUGUACCUCGUGGAAAAAGUUGGGUACAUUCCUAAUGGAAGCCGAAUUUAUUAUUUAGGAAGAAGUCAACCCCCAAUGUUAGCUGCGAUGAUGGCCAGCUACUAUGCUGCCACUGGUGAUCUCGCUUGGUUAGAAAAACAUUUGCCUACAGUUGAAAAAGAAUUACAGUAUUGGUUAGACAAAAAGAAGGUGACUGUAGAAGUAAAUGGAAAAAAUUAUGUGCUUCUACGAUAUGUAGCUGACCGCAAAGGAAAGGGCCCGCGUCCCGAAUCUUACUAUGAGGAUUAUACAAAUGCCCGUGACUUGCCUAAUGACAGCAUGCGUGAAGAUUUCUAUGCUGAGAUGAAGAGCGCUGCAGAGAGCGGUUGGGACUUUUCAACACGAUGGUUCGUAACUGCUGGAAACGACGUGGUUGGAAAGCUUACUGAUGUUCACGCUAGCCGUAUAUUGCCAGUCGAUUUAAAUGCCAUCUUUGCUGGGGCCCUCGAGCUCGUCGGUGACUUUCGUAAUAGAUUAAAAGACAGAAGAGAAGCGCAGAAGUGGUGGAGUUUAGCUAAAUAUUGGCGAAAUGCAAUAGAUAAUGUUUUGUGGGAUAAUUCGGAUGGAGUCUGGUAUGAUUAUGAUGCUCAGGCGAGAGCACCGCGACGACAUUUUUAUCCAAGUUGUGCCACACCGCUCUGGGCGGGUGCUGUUGAAGAUUACGAUGCACCAAGAUACGCUAGCCGAUUGGUUCGAUAUUUACUAUCUUCUGGAGCUUUAGAUUUCCCUGGCGGUAUACCAGCAUCAAUUCUACAUUCAGGAGAGCAAUGGGACUAUCCAAACGCGUGGCCACCUUUGCAGAGCAUCUUAAUAGGUGGUUUGGAAGCGAGUGGCAACGAAGAGGCAAGAAAAUUAGCUCGGGAACAAGCGAGUAUAUGGAUACGUUCCAAUUAUAUUGGUUACAGUACAUGGCAGAAGAUGUUUGAGAAGUAUAGCGCGGUACAACCCGGGCACCAGGGUGGUGGAGGGGAAUACGGCGUACAAGAUGGCUUCGGUUGGACAAAUGGCGUUGUUUUAGAGCUUUUACAGCGAUAUGGUAAAAUAAUGACGUUACAUGAUAAACGGGGUACAUCUCUGCCAUAUGUACGCCAAGUAUUAUAAAUGAUUAUCCUAUAUAGAUACAAUUUAGAUAACACAUAGUUUUAUAUGUGUUGUAAUCUAGUUUUUUACUUAGCAAAAUAUAUGUAAAGACUGUGUGAUUUAGCCACAGAUUUUUAUUUAUAUGUAGGUGUAAGCAAAUGUGAUAUUUACUGUUAUGUUGAACGUGGAUAUCUUUAUUUUUAUAAUUAAAAAUAACUUGUUUACAAA